CAGAUUCCUGCUGUGGUGCUUGGUGCUAGUGCGAGGCAGGCACAACGAUAUGAAUAUGUAGAUAUGCGAGCAUGAUCAACAUCGUUUCUCGUGAGAAAGAGCCACGGUUGCUUGAAUCGCAAUACACGUCGUCUUUCACUUUCAGUUUCAAUCAAUUCUGUUGAUGACCUUGAGUUGUUGAAGCAUGUUAGUGCCUUUGGAGAAGAAUUUCCAUUCCAGCAGGGUGAUGAUGUUUGUAAGGCAUUUCUUGAUGGAUUUAAGGAUUAGACAGGAGUUGUUAACCAACGUGUGUAUGUAUGACUCAAAAAAUUGACGCCGGUCAUGCUGUAUGAUAGUCGUUGGCUGCAUGCCAGCACAGGCGUCCUCGCGACCUCCGCCAACAGUGGUGGAGCAUCUUCGUCUUCGGCAACAUCAGCGCCGGCGCUUGGAUAUCAUGACGAGAAGAAUAAAAUCGCGGCUCUGUCGGUCUUUGGUUUGUGUCUGUGGAAUGCUAUUUGUGGCGGCACGCUUUACAUGUUUGCAGGCCUCGAGACGGACCUGAUGACACUGCUGCACUGGAAAGCGGCAGACGUCGACGUAUUGUAUUCUGCCGGACAAAUUGGCGUGGGGCAUAUUCAUUGUGAAAAUUUUCUACCUUGACGCCGAUGCUCGUACUUAUCAGGUGGCUGGCCACGAGGCAUGCAGGAUCGAUCGGUCGACUUGUCUACUCGUAGUUUUCUACGUGACUUUUUGCAGCUUUUCGUCUUGCCAGUACCGCGACGCCGCAAGUAGAUUGCGUUUCUUUCUGCGACCUGCGUACUAUGGCAGCCUCAACGAGGAAGGAAAAUUUUCCCGCGGAUGAAGGUUGGGUUCCUCUCUGGGGCAAUCUUUCACCAGUUCGGCGUCUUUUAUUCGAGCGUUUACAGUUUCUGUUGUGUUGGAUUUGGCAGCAUUUUCUUUUACAUGCAUUUGCCGCCAGUCCCUGCCGCGGGGACGACGCUUACGCGAGGACUCGUUGCGGACGAUGCGCUUGGCAGCGACACGCAAACUUUCGCAAGAAACAACUUCUUGCUCCAGCAGGCGAGAAAAGAACCUUUACGACAGCCAUCUGUCUCCAGUACCCUAAUGGCGUUUUUCUACUUUUUGAUACAGCACGGGUCCGUGACACUUUACCAGAACGGACUUUACACGGGCGUCCUCCUAACUAAGCGUGUCGGCCGCACUACUGGCGUGCUCGCCGCUGGCUACGGUCUCUCCGCGGCGGUAUGGAACUCCGUCUACACACACAUCUUGCACAACAGCGUGCACUCGUUCAUUUACUGGACGGGAGUAAUCUGGGCUUUCACGGCUAUCAUGGGUGCGGUCUUUCUGCAAGUCGUUCCAAUAAGCACAGUAGUAACUACAAACACCGAAGAGGAGGAGGACGACCACACUAGGGCAGCUGUAAUCACUACUGCUUCUUCUUCUACUGCGACCUUUCCAGCAGCUAUCCAAGAAAAAAACAUUGUAGGUGUAACUUUUUUGGAGGAAUAGCAUUACAAAUUUGUCUGGCAUUACAGCAAAAACCUGUCAUGCGCAGAUAGUAUGGGAAAACACCCUUUAAUGGACCCUAUGACGCAUGGCAAGCAUGACAGACGCAAUCAUCUUGCGUGUUGCGCACUACAAAUUUACACUAACAACGUUUUCUAUUUGGAUAGCAGCUGCUCGCGCGCGAACGCAGCUGGAGGAGGAACGGGAGCAGCUGCAGCUGAGCGAGCUAUCCUGUGCAAAAGUAUCGCACUCGUAGUAAUUGCAUUUAUGCAUUACAAAUCUCGUUCUCAAGGUAAAUCAGCAUUACAAAUUAAAUUUGUAAUGCUGGGCUAAUUUGUAAUGCAAUUUAUACUAGUGCGAUACUUUUGCAGUUCAUACGAGCAUCGCAACGCGAAUUCCGCACAGGUUUUUGCACACAAAUAUGAUCAUUCGUCAUCUAGUGCUGCACGUAAAAAGACGAGUAACGUCCUGCAGCCAGCAACUGCCACCAUUUUUGGUGCACGGAAUCACGUGAAAAUGCUGGGCGCAACCAGAAAUCCGAAUGAUUACAUUCUUCAUGAGGACGAAGUGGUCGAUGAUGAAGAUUACAAUUGGGGUCCUCCUGCUGAAGAUCUUCAUGAUCAUGAACAUGAUGCACCACAGGUAAGAAUCGCCGAUCGCACUGGAAUUGUACCAUCUGCCGGGAUAAUUGGUGCCAGUGCAUCGAUUGCAAGCUCCGCCACACCUUCUGGGGUUCUCACAUGGCGCGACAUCUUGUAUCGCGAGCCCAAGUUUCACUUCGUCGUGAUCCAGUUCAUUCUGACGCAGUGCGUUGGGAGUGGCCUGUUUAUGGCGAAUCUGAAGCUGAUCACGGGAGCGUACGGUUACGCUCCUAGCGUUCGCGAUGCGGUGGUCACCCACGUGAGCUUCUGCAACGCCGGCGGCCGUUUGUUCGCGGGCUUCUGCAUCGAUUACUUCAUCCUGCGGCCGGUAGUUCUUGUUUCUGGAGGUAGUGGUCCGCCUGCUGCAGAGCGCAGGGGCCCAACGAACUCCGCAGCACCGGUGGGCGGAAAUGACUUAAAAGAUCCGGGCAGAAUUGCGAGACUCAUGCUGUUGGCCGGGGCCGGUAUGGCGGCGGCUUGCGUCUUCGGGCUGAUGACGGCCUCGCCGACAGCGACAGCGUCGUCCUCGGCCCCGUCUUCUUUUUGGCUUUUGCUCGUGGGCCUUUGCUACGGUGCCAACUGGGCGACGCUUCCAGCAUUUAUGGUGAGCAACUUCGGGAAGGAGAACAUGGUCUUUGGCUUUGCCUUCCCGGUUUUCUUCAUGUCCGUUGCGGUGAAGUUUAUGGCUCGACUAACCGGACACGCGUAUGACGAAGCGCACGCGGAGCAAGACCCCUCGGCGGAAUUCUGUCAUCCGGUGGAGCAGUGCUUUCAGAGACCCGCACAAGUGGCAUUUGCCCUGUGUUGUGCGAGCGUUUUGCUUGGUUGCUUGCAAGCGUAUCGCGAACAAGUACGAAGCCGGUGACUUUGUUUCUCUUUCUCCAACUUCUGGAGCCCAGACUGACAGUGGUUCUCUUUCAUCCUCUGGUGCAGAACGCAUUUCAUAAAUUUGAAUAUAGUAAGCCCUUACCGAAGAGAAAAAACUACAAAGGGUUUGCCAAUGUGCACGAAUUAUCCUCUUGCCAACGCGCGGCUUGUUUCC